AUGUUUGAAAACCACAUCGCAUUUUUCAUUUUACUGCUAAACAUCUACAUUACCAAUUUGAUUAAAAUUCAAGAAAUAACUAAAAAGUUGGCAGUAGAAUUGAAUGAACAAAAGAAAACAAACGCGGUAAAGAAAGAACCUAGCGGGGGUGUUUUUCUAAAAACACGAACGGCUAAGCGGAAAAUUGGAAGAGUAACAUUGCUAAAAGAAAAUUGCAAAUUAAAGAUUGGAAAUAUCUGCUAUUUCACUGUCAUAUUUGGGAAAUAUUACGUCAACUACACCGAAGCCAAUGCGAUUUGUAAGAAAAGUAACGCAGAUGUUGGUUUGAUUCGAGACGAAGAAUCCUACAAUGAGAUUAUGAAAUACCUGAUAAAGAAUAUGCCCAAGAGUGAGACGUGGAUUAGAAUAUGGACAGGAAUCCACUUUGAUCCAAUGACUCGUGACGUCACACCUACAAAUUCUUUCAUCAAAUGGUUUCAACAUUAUCCAUUCACUGGAAUCUGUCACAAAACUUCCACAAAUGUUCACCUUUUCGUCAAAUCCAAACUGGAUCUCAGAUAUCAAGUGAUGUUGAAUGGCGCUCCUAGCAGAAAGCUUCAUGGAGUUAUUUGUGAGAUCCUGAUCUAA